GUAAACCGCGGAAGCUUUCCGCGGUUUACAGAGGGAAUUUAUUCCCUCUGACAGGGAAUAAAUUCCCUUGACCGAGUGGUUGUAGACCGCGGAAAUUUUCCGCGGUCUACAACCACUAUAUAAGGGGGAAAUCAUUCCCCCUUCUCCACUCCACACUCCAAAAAAAUGAAUUUGGAGAAAAUUUUAGAGAGAGAGUAGUUAGAGAGAGAGUUAGAAGGGAUACUAUUUUGGAGAAAAUUUUACGGAGCCUAAUUUCGGUGGCGGAUAUUAUUUUGCGUGGCGGAUAUUAUUUUUGGUGGCGGAUAUUAUUUUGCGUGGCGGAUAUUAUUUUUCGGCGCGGAAUAUUAUUUUUUGGCGCGUAAUUAUCGGUAAUGACGACAAAUGCGCUGCCAGCCCUAAAAAUUUAUUGGGAUGGUACAAUAUUAUCGACUCCGGGUGGAGUGGAUUAUGUUUCCGGUAAAUCGGAAAUGGUUGAGCUGACGAGAGUAGUGAAUUUUGCACAACUACAAGUCGUAAUUAGAAGGGUAAUUGGGCUGAACGAUGCUGACGAGAUAGUGAAGAUUUAUCUAAGAGUACCUCGGUUCGAUGAACAUGGAAGAUUUCAAAAAUAUGAUGGUUUUCCUAUGGAGACAGAUGUUCACAUGGAAGCAAUGUGGCGUAAUGUUUCGCGGACGCCACAAAUGAGGGUAGUUGAGUUUUAUAUUGUGUACAAUCCGUUAUCUCAAGUACGUGCGGAUGUAGACGACUGUGCGGAUGUAGACGACUGUGCGGAUGUAGACGACUGUGCGGAUGUAGACGACUGUGCGGAUGUAGACGAUGGUGAUGAUUUUAUCUGGCAGCCGUACACUGAUGAUAUGCUGGACACUAUCCCAGCGUAUUGUUUAGAUGGGCGCGCUUUUUGGCGGGCCACGGUUCCACUUAUUUAUUUUCAUAUUGUGGAGUGGCACCAGGCAGACAGAGUUCUGCAGCAGUUCGGACUGCAGCAGGGUAUUCCAGACGCCCCACUUCAGGACCACUCACUACACUCCCUUACCCUGAAGAGCAGCUCAUCUUGGAUCCAGACACACUCUCACUACAUUCGUGUGUGGGACGACCGGCUCCGGUUUGUAAUUUCAGGACAGCCCCUCCAGGACCCACCUCAUUAUCAUUCCGAGUAUAUGGAUUGGUUUCGGUAUGUCACGCGUCGCUGGAUCACACGACAGGGCGCUGAGCUCGGAGCACAGGCCGAUUUUGUGGAGCGUGUACGUAGGGAUGCUCCUGUUGACACUGAGCUUCGGCGGUUCGCAGCCAGCACACAGAGAGGCACUAGAGAGGACCGCCGUGACGUUACAUCGCCCCCUAUCGAGCCUUCUAUACCGCCGCAUCGACUACCAGUCAUACCUGACGCGCCGAUAGAUCCGACUACACUGCGACAUCGACGGCGACAGCGGCGUCACCCCCCAGCACCACCUCAGCGUCCGACUGAUCCUAUGCCUCCCCCAGUGGUUUUUCAUCCUUUCAGAGGGCAUUACUAUUACGCGGGGUCCAGCUCUGCACCGCCGCCCUUUUCAUCGGGUCCUCCUUCUUCUUCUGGCCAGUUUUACGGGGAUUCGGCACAUCACUAUUUUCAGGGGUCGUGUUCAUAUCCAGUGCCACCAGGACCUUCUUCGCCUUUUGUUCCACCGCCGCCUGCUUAUGUACCACCUACGGUGCCUCCUUUUCAGGUGCAGUGGGAUCAGCCUACACAGGGUACACAGGACUUUCCAGCUUCACAGGGACUUCCACAGACACCUGGGACUACAGACUUUCUGGCAUAUGGUAGCAGUUGGUUAGGUCUAGACAGCAUGGAGGCGAUGAUGUUCCGCCAACAAGGAGAAUUUGUUACCCCGCCACCAGCUACGACGAGUACGGCCAUUCCACAGGACCAGCAGGGUGACGACGGAGCCGACGACGAGGAGGGCGAUGCAGGAGAGGGAGAUGGUGAUGGCCGCCCAGGUCGACGUUACCUCACCAUCAGUACAGGCCGUCGGGCGAACCGUAACAGAAACAACUUGCGCUCGAACCUCCCGGUCACUAGCAGAUAUGACGAUAGGACUCCUAGGUGAUUUCUUUUUUGUACUUUGUACAUUAUUAUCUGAUGUAGUAUUCUUUUUUAAUUUGAAAUUUUUAGUUUAUUAAAUAUGUUAUUGUUAUGAAGUAUAAAUUAUAUUUGAAUAUUUGUUAAUAUAAUUAUUUUGUAGUA